AUGACGAAAGCAAAUGUGUUUCUCCUCUCCAUUGUUCUCAUGGCUUCACUCGCUUCCCUUUCGCACGGCCUUCUAAUAAGCGGGCUCCAAAUUCAGACAAUCGAAAUCCGAGGUGUCUUGCGUUGUACCCUUACCGGUGACCUAAACGCCCCUCCCGUUUCCGCUGCGACCCUCUUCGUCACUUGUAACGGCAGAGAGACAACCAUUCCCCAAGUAGUGACCAAUCCCGCCGGUACCUUCGCCAUUCUUGUCAACAUUUUGGCAACAAGUCUCUUCAACCCCUCGGACUGCCGUGUCACCGUACGUCUUCCUGUGGCCACGUGUUCCGUUUUCCCACCGGAUGGCUUUUUAACUUCCACCGUUAAUCUAGUCGAUGUCAUCCAAACGAAUGUCGGAAAUAUUGCCAGUUUUGUCACUGGCCCUUUCCUCGUUCUCUGA